CCAGUUUUUCCAAGACGCAUGACAACGCUAAUGGCGGUGUUAUGAUGUGGGAGUGUUGAGUGCACACAGACUCCUUUUAGAUGUUUAAGACGCAACGAUUACCUUAAACAUGACACUUGUGUCUGUGGCUAGCAGAUUUGUGCGAAUCUAUAUUUUGAGCCCUGAGGCAGUUGUGCUUGUUCUUUUGAUUUUUAUUUUAUAUAAUUCGGCCACUCACGUCAGGCCCCUUUGGAAAUUCGUCCAUCGAGCUGGCGUUCGACUGCAGUUGAAAUACCGCGGGCAGGACUACAAUCAUAAUAGUAACAUCAGUGAUAACUUUCCAGUCACGAAAGACAUUUUUGGUGACAAAGGUCGUGAAUCCUGGGAACUGAAGCGUGACAAUGUUGCCGUUUUUGCAAUACAAGGCAGACGUCCACAUAUGGAGGACAGGUUCAAUGUUAUUACAGACUUGGAUGAUACACGAACAUCCGUAUAUGGAAUCUUUGACGGGCAUGGUGGAGAGUUUGCAGCAGAUUUUGUGGAGAAGACCCUGUUCAAAAGCAUAGAAGUCCGACUAUUGCGCUCCUCACUAAAUGGAGUGGAAAAAAAUUUCAAGUCUAUCUUGACAGAAGAGGUGUUGGAGGUGGACAGACAACUCCUGACAUUGGCAAGAUCUACAAUGGAAAUAUCAGGCACUACAGCUCUCCUGGCACUGGUGAAGAAUGGAACGCUUGCAGUGGCCAAUGUUGGAGACUCACGUGGUGUUAUCUGUGACAAGCAUGGAAAAACUAUACCUUUAUCUUUUGAUCACAAACCACAUGAGAUGAAAGAGAGACAAAGGAUUCAACAGGCUGGAGGGUUUGUCAGUUUUAAUGGUGUGUGGCGAGUGGCAGGGGUGCUGGCAACCUCACGUGCUUUGGGAGAUCUACCCCUGAAAGAAAAGCGAUUCCUUACAGCUGAACCAGAUAUUUUGACCUUUGACCUAGAAGAGCUUCAGCCGAAAUUUAUGAUUCUUGCCACAGAUGGACUUUGGGACUGUUUUAGCAAUGUGGAAGCGGUGGAAUACAUCAAAGAAAGGUUGUCAGAGCCCCACUUUGGAGCAAAAAGUUUAGUACUCCAGGCUUACUAUAGAGGAUCAGUGGACAAUAUAACAGUCAUGGUUGUCAAUUUUCAGACCAAAAGGGCCAGUCAUGUUCGGAAAUGGAGCCGAUGAUUCUUGGUAUGCAUGUUCUUAGUCACAUUGACAGCAUAUUUUUAUGUAAUUGAUGGAAUAUGACUACAAUAUAUUUCUAUUACCCGCUUUCACUAGCCUCACCUGUUUGCUUCCCUUCUUCUAUUAGCUGCUGUACCAGGUUUUGGGAGCAUGGACAGUUAACUUGAUCAACAACUUGCUGAAAGGCAGUGGGUUUUUUCCUGCUUCUAUACCUUGGUAUGAGAUAGUAAUGCAUGUACUUGUUUUGUUGUUUAGAAGAAAGGUACCAUGACCUCAUGAUUUGCUACAGUGUAGCUCUUGAUUAAUGACAGUGAAGAUUGAUGGCAUUUUAUGAAAUAACACUUUUAUCAGUUUACAGUAGUGAUAAUUUUGAAAUGUCUUUUGACACCCUAAUAUUGAGAUUAGAGUUAGGGAGUUAUAUUGAGAUUAGAGUUAGCCACUAAAAAGGCUCAAGCCUAUGAACACACCCAUCUUGCUUCCCUUUCGGAUAAGGGCUUCAAACUUAUUGCAUGUGCACCUACAUGAGUGCUGUGCAUCUCAGUCAUAAUUGUUCCAUUUACCUGCAUCAUCAGUUUUCAGAAAAGGGUUGCAAAUGACUUUUGCAACUUUAUCUUGUCCUGAUUAUGAGGUAAGUAUACACUGAGAACAUGGUGGUAUCUACAAUUAGUUGUGCAUUUUAAAAAAAAAUUUAUUAACUUUUUUUGCAUUUAGGUCUGUGUUGAUCACCUGUCAAACCAGGUUUCUCUGAUACCUUCUACACCUGUGUGUUCAGGGGGUCUUGAAGGUAGUCACUCUUGUCUCAUGCAGAUUCUCCUUUAUAGGCUUGGUAUCAAAUCAGACAUUUUUAUACCUCUUCUUUUGCUUCUCUGGCCCCACUGUCUGUAGUGUCUUGUCUUGUCCCUUUCACUUUAUGCUGACCAGUUUUGAUGCCUUCAAGGCUGGUCUUAAGACCCACUUCUUUCACAAAGACCUCCAUUAGCUGGAGGAGGGGUCUCAUUAUCUCACCAUUUAUUACAAUUCUGCUGUUUUGUUUUCAUACUUUUCAAACUGUUCUGCAUUUGUUUUUCAUAGACAAUGAGUACUUACUUUAAAGGGCAGUAAUUUAAUUGGUGGCAAAAGCAUUGAAGUUUGUCAAAGGUAAGCUCUAGAGUUAGCUAUUAACAUACAUUAGUGUGGUGUACAUUUGAUUGUUAGCACAUCAUGACAUGACAAACUCAGCACAAAGUGUUUUUGGCCACAUUUCUUCAAGGCCUCUAAGAAGGCAUCCUACUUAAUCUAGGAUGAUUUUUCGCACAGUCCUGUUCUGGCAGACUUAAAGAAGUAACAGGUAUUUCAGAUUUAAGAUAUAGCAGUUUAUUCCUGUGAUUUGUUUUGGCCAAAUGGUCUACAGGAUGAUGUGUAAAUGAAGACGUGAAAAUGGCAGUCAUGGAAAAAUCAAGUGGUUAUUGUUGCACACUUACUGACAUGAACCCAUUCCCUGUGAUAGUUUCUCUUCCACAUAUUCCCCCCUUCCCCAUCAGCCCAGACAUAUGCAUUCCAUUUUGCACUUUUAAGCUUUCAUGCUCAUUCAGGGUGAAUGUAAAAAUGGCAAAACGCUGUAGAUUUCACUUAAAAAUUUUGGGUUGUAGAUUUGGAGCUUGCAUUAGACAGUUUCUCUUGGGAUGUCACGAACAUCAUACACCUUCCAAUACUUGCAUAAAAUUUUUGAUGUACAUCUUUACCACAAAUAAUGUUGAUUGAGGUCCUUUUGCUUAUCAUGUGUUCUUGUCAUAAUAGUUAAAAUUUCAGCCUUUUAGAAAAAUAAAAUAGUGAUCACUUCAACUCAGCAUAAUCGUUUUAUUACUUUCUUCUGGAUCGGUUGGGUAGAUAUUCUGAUGCCAGGUCAGGUAAAGGCUUCAGAGCAAAAAGUAUUGACAGUGCAAGAAAUUCAUCAGCCCAGUGUGUUUCUUUUUUUUUUUUUUUUUUUUGCAUGUCAGCAUUUUUUCCACCCAUCAGGAUGAAACAAUCCAUGACAGCUUGAAGUAGCUGACUUGAUCACCCAUAACUGACCUUAAUGUCUCACCAAACUGCAUUUCUGAAAACCAUUCCUCAUCAACCUAUCGUGAGCAAAUGUAACAGCAAAUAGGCAGCAGCUGAGGAAUUUCUGAAUUAUGCAGAUGUACAUUUGGCUUUUUUUUCUUUUACCUCAAGUUGCAAUUGCCAUUUUUAUCAAUUUAUGAUUAUCGAAAGCUAUUUGAAGUCUUGUAAUCAAGAUUUAGUAUGUUCAGGGUCAGAUCAAGAAAUGGCCGUUAUGAAUUGAAUUAGGUAUUUAUGAAAAAUUCUUGAGCUCUUUUAAAAAAAAAUGGAUGUACAAAAUAGGUCGCUGAGGAAUGGGUCAACAUAUUUAGUUGUACUAGGUAUAUGCCAGUUAUUUUUUUACCUUAAGUAUUAUAAGGCUGUGUACAUGUGUAUUAUAUCUGGAUUUCAUCGUUGCAACAUUUUAAUUGAACCUCCAUCUUGUGGCACAGGGUCCAGAUUAAAGCUUUGGACAGUAA